CAAGGUGAACCACAUGAAUACAGUCGUGGUCACUACUACUGUUGUCAUUGAUGUGAACAAACAAACAAAAUUCUUGGCAGUUCGUCAUUGAGCACCUGUUUAAACGGAGAUCAUGCAUCCUUGGUCCUUAUUAUUGUUAUCAUACUUUCUAUGGACAAUCACAGUGUACAUUCUAUGGAGAUUGAUAAAAUGGUCUUGCCAAAGGUAUAGAUUGUUACAAACAUUUCGACGGGCUGGAAUUUCUGGACCAAAACCAAAUUUUCUUUUUGGUAAUAUUCGAUUGUUUGACAAACAAUAUCUAUGGCGAUCAAUGGACAAAUGGUUCGAACAAUAUGGCCAUACUUUUGGCUAUUUCCGAGGUGAUCGAGCUGUAUUGGUGACGAAGAAUAUUCCGCUCAUAAAGCAAAUAUUCAUUCAACGGGCACGACAAUUUCCCAAUCGUUUACGGCUGAUGUUAGAAUUGCAACCAUUUAGUUCGUCCAUUCUGGCAUUGAGAGAUGAUCGCUGGCGUCAAGUUCGUCGUGUAUUAACACCGGCAUUCAAUUCGACUAGAAUAAAAUCAUCUGUUUUAGCUAACCAAAUGAUUGGCGAAUCGGUGUUUCGUCUAAUGGCCAUUUUGAAAGAACCUGAAACAUGCCCCGGUUACAUUCAAAUUCAAUCAGAUGAUAACGGAAAAUUAAUCGUGAAUGUAAGCGAAAUGUCAAAACGCUAUACAUUGGACACAAUCAGUCAUUAUGCAUUUGCCAUCGACAAUGAAGAUUUUUACAGACAAUCACCACUAUUCACUAUGGUGGAACAUUUUUUUGUUAACAAUUGUGACACUGUUUUGGUUCGAUCAGCCAUGAUAUAUCCGUUCAUGAAAAAUCUGUUGAAAUUCAUCAACGAUCACAUUAGUUCUGGUCCAAUCAUUGAUCAUUUGACCGGUUAUCUUAGGCAACAGAUUUUCCGUUACGAGAAACAACAACAGCAAUGCCAUAACAAUAAUUAUGGACAACAAGAUGAUUUCGACAUUGGUGUGCGUAAAAAUCUAUUGGAUUUUGUUCUUCAUCACCUCAAUCUAAACAAUCUUUCUCAUGAUGAAUUGAUCGGUAAUCUAUUGGUCAUUCUGAUGGCUGGAUAUGAAACCACUGCUUUCGCUAUUUCAUUCGUUUUGUUCAAUUUGGCUCGACAUACUCAUGUACAAGAUCGAUUGAGACAACAACAGAUGGAUGGUGAAUUGUUGGAUCGAAUCAUUUAUGAAUCAUUGCGUCUAUAUCCUCCGGUCAUCGAUUAUCUCAUACGAGAAAUCAGUGAUCACACCAAUUGUGACAAUUAUGAGUUUGAACUUGAUUCGGAAAUGAAAAUUUUGCCCAACAAUGUUGCCAUACAAGUGCCCGUUUGGACCAUUCACCAUGAUCAGGAAAUAUGGCCAAAACCUUAUCGUUUUGAUCCUGAUCGUAAUGGAUUACCAACAACAAUAACGGCCGCUAAUGAUCCAAAAUUUUUAGCGUUUGGCUUAAGUCAACGUAGUUGCAUUGGUGGAUCGUUAGCUAUGGCCGAAAUACGGGCUAUAAUCACUCGUUUAGUAUGUGAUUAUCGAAUCGAAUUAUGUCCUGGACGAGAUUAUCAAUAUGAUUCAAACGGAAUGCUUCGAGUGGAUGCACAUGCAGAAUUGAUAAAACCUUAUGACAAUAUUUGGUUACAAUUUCAACGGCUGAAUGCUUGAUUUUUUCUUACUUUUUUUUUGUUUGCAAAAAUAAAUUCGAAUACAAAUCACCA